AUGAAGGCUACAAAAUAUUCCGUCGGAAUCCUUCGUUUUAUGUCCUUUUACGCCAGAUUUUUGAGCUUAGUGUGCUUUCGGCUUAGAAAACAGAAGGACAACAAUGUGUGGCUGGAGGAAAUUUGGAGUAAUCGGUCGCGGUGGAAGUGGAUAUCGGUUACCUUACGGAUUGUGCCCCUCUGCAUCUAUGCGUUUACGUAUGCUGAAUGGAUCAGCAAUAGAAUGCUAAUUACCGAAAAAUUUCUGCACUCAUGUAGUCUAGUGGUUUCGAUACCCUGCUACUUAUCGAUAAUUCACUUGAAGAUCUGUCAUGGCCCGGAAGUGACCAAGUUGGUUAACCAAUAUCUGCACAUCUUUCGCCUGGGAACCCUGGACAUCCGUAGAAGAAGUCAAUUUGGAGGCGGUAGAGAGUUGUUCCUGCUAAUUCUUUCGGUUUGUUGUCAGAUUCAUGAAUAUGUUUUUAUAUUGGUCAUAGCGAGCAGACUUUGUGGUUUUCAACAUAUUAUUUGGUGGGUUAGCUAUACAUAUGUGUUUAUUAUAUGUAAUUCGAUCAUGUGUUUCGGUUUUAUUUGGCACCUAAGCCUGGGAGUUCUCUAUGCUGAGCUGAACGAUAAUCUUCGCUUUGAGUCAGGCUUCCAAACGGCAUUUUUAAGGAAACAGCAAAGAAUUAGGGUACAAAAAUCUAUGGCACUUUUCAAGGAGAUAUCCUCUGUGGUUACCUCCUUGCAGGACAUUUUCAAUGUACACCUAUUUUUGAGCGCACUCUUGACACUUCUGCAAGUUCUAGUCGUUUGGUAUAAAAUGAUCAUCGAUUUAGGGUUUUCUGACUUUCGGAUUUGGUCAUUCUCGCUUAAAAAUUUGAUCCAAACGCUCCUUCCUGUUUUGGCCAUUCAAGAAGCGGCAAAUCAAUUUAAACAAACUCGGGAACGUGCUCUGGAUAUUUUCCUCGUUGGAAAGUCAAAGCAUUGGAUGAAAUCGGUGGAAAUAUUUGUCACCCAUCUCAACCUAAGCGAGUUCAGGGUUAACUUGUUGGGCCUCUUCAAUGUUUCCAACGAACUAUUUCUAAUAAUUGUAUCUGCAAUGUUUUGCUAUCUGGUUUUUGUAACACAAUGUGUAAUCGUGUAUCGCAGACGCUAUGUUAUUUGA